AUGGCGCGGAAGCUCCUGCCGCUCCUGCUCUUGCUCGCCGUCGUCGGGGACUCGCAUCCCCUGGACCCGCCCAAGGACGAGGACGUGGAGGACCCGCUCGACCCCCGGCAAGACCAAGCCCUCGGCAGGCUCCGAUCGAUCCUCGGCAUGCCGAGCCAAGUGGACAAGUCCGUCAGUCGCAAGAACCCUCCGCAGUUCAUGAUGGAACUGUACAACACCAUCGCCGACUCCAGCGGCAUCAUCAGGGCCAGGAACCCGUACGAUGCCAAAGUCGUCCGCAGCUUCAUCGAGAGAGAUAGUUCCAUGCCCGGGUACUACCUCUUCAACAUUUCCGGCCUGGAGGCGAACGAGACCGUCCUCGAGGCGGAGCUUCACCUCUACAGGAGGAGGACCCCCACGAGGAUAAUGCACCCUACGAUUCUCUCCUUGCCGUAUUACCUGAUCAGGGUGUACCAAGUCCUGGAAGGCAACGACCUGGACGAGCCCGACGUCCACCGACUGCUAACCGUCCACUACGUCGGGGCGCAUGAAUCCGGCUGGCAGGUGUUCAACGUGAAGCAAGCUGUCCUGGCAUGGAUGACCGGGACGCCGAACCUGGGGCUGCUGGUGACGGCGUCGACCCUCUCCGGGGACCGGGUGACGGUGGAUUUCACUCGCAGGACCGACUACCACCACGGGAAGCAGCCCAUCCUGGUGCUCUUCGACGACGACGACGACGACGAGUACAGGUACUUGACGGAGUCAGAAACGGCAGCCGACCGGAUGGGCGAUCGUUCCCGAAAACACGAGAGACAGAAGAGCGACCCGGAAGAAGCCUACUCGGACUACGGCGAGAGCUCCGGAGGGUCGAAGUUCUUCCGGAGGCAGAAGCGAAUCGAGGCGCUCUGGAGAACGGAGGAGAGAGAUGAAGAAAGCCCCGAAGACCUCUCGGGGAACGGCGCGGAAAUCGAGGAGGGGACCAGACGUCGUCCUCGAGAGACCGAGACCUCCAAGAGAGACCGCGAGAUCGCCUCCAGGAAGACCUCGGUACCUUCCUUGCUGAAGUCGAUAGACAUUUACGAGCGUGCCGUCCUGCGCGAGGCUCUAGAUCAGCGGAGGAAGGAAGAGGACCGAGGGACUCGGGUUAAAAUCGAGGGAAGAGCGAAGAGGUCCCUGAAGAGGACCUCGAAGAGGUCUGCGUCCGAGGGCGCGGUCUCCAACACGACCGAGUGCGCUAGGCACGAACUUUACGUCGACUUCAAGGAAAUCGGUUGGUCGUCCUUCAUCAUCGCCCCGAAGGGGUACUACGCGUACCACUGUAAGGGCCUCUGCGACUUUCCUUUGAGCCAGGUGCAGCUGCCGACGAACCAUGCCACCGUCCAGGGCAUCGUCCACAAGAUGGGCCUCGUCGAGGGCGUCGAGAUGCCCUGCUGCGUACCCACUAAGCUCCUCGGCGCCAGUAUCCUCUUCUACGACGACAACGAGAACGUCGUCCUCAAGGUCUACGAGGACAUGAUCGCCGACCGCUGCGGAUGCCGCUAA